UUAAUUAGAACAAAUUCAGUCUAGGGAAAGAAAUAGGCAGAAAUAAUUUUGUCUUCUGAACCUCUCUCGCCAACUUUUACCUUCUCUGCCAAGUCUAUCCUUCAACACUUGAAUUUAACCUUCUACACUUUGAAGUUUGUCCAUUUAACUAGUCAUUCAGAUUCUUCCACAUACUUCACAAUUAAUUUAUUCAACAAACAUUUAUAAGGGGGAGUACCAUAUUCAAACCACAAUAGUAGAUUGGUGCUGGGGAUACAAAAAAAUAAACCAGUCAAAUGAAAGAGAUAAACGAUAACUUCAGAACAAUGUGAGAACUAAAAAGAAUUAUGAGAUUGUGUGAAAAAGAGCUAUGAGACUGUGGGGAGGGAGGGAGUGAUUUUAGCGUGAGCUCAAAGAUGAGUAAAUGAUCUUAAGUUAGGGUAGAGGAGGAAGUGUGCUCCAGGCAGAGGGAAAGCAUGUACAAAGGGACAGAGAUGUGCUUUGAAGUCACGGAAGGGCAUGGCUCAGGGGAAGCCGGAGAAACUGAAGCUGGAGCUGGGGAACCACUGCUUUUUGGUUUUUUUCCUUCUCAUGCAGAACUAUGACCUAGGCCUGCAAACAUGUUUUAGAAAAAUGGCUUCAAGAGCCCUUUUGGAUACAUUUGGGGAAAGAAGCCAAUUAGAAGGGAUUGCCCCAUUUACCUGAAUUCAUCGUUAUCCCCCACAUCUCCAAAAAAGAAUUGCAAAUUCCACAAGGAAAGGAGCUAUUUCUCAGCAUUCUUUUCCGUUCUUGGGGCUUUAAUAUGGUACCAUGUACAAUAACUUUAUCUGCUAAAUGGUUCUUAUUGUUUUAGGUCAAUGAAAGUAAUUUGUUGCCUCUCCUCACUACUGAGUACAGCUUUGUAGCCCAAUAGUCGAGGCUGAAUGUAAUAAUUAUUCAGAAUACCUGGGAAGGUAAGGAGGGAAGGGGCCUUUCUGGGACAGCUUCUAUUCUCUUGUCUCCUGGAAAAUUUGAGGGGUGGUAUGGGAUGCAGUCACUUAACAAUUUUGAGACUGUAUAAUAGGAUACAUUAAUGAAUAUAAACUCAGCAAUUAUCCGAUGAGUCCUAUUGUGGCCUAUGCAUUGUGCUAUGUUUGAAAGAUACAGAAAUACAGAUAUGAGUAAGGCACAGCCUGCCCUUGUGAGUGCACACUGGCCACUGAAAGGGGGAAAUAAGACAUUUUAAGUUUGAUAUAGUAAAAUUCGUUCACGCUACGUUAACCGUGUGAAGAAAGUGCUGUGCGAAACUGAGAAAGGAGUGACAAAAUAAUAGCUCACAAGGUUGUUGGGGGGAUUUAAGCAUAGUUAAUAUAUGUGUAAAUAAAGUCAGUCUUUGCUUUAAUUAUUACUCAGCAAACACUGCAUUUAUAUUGGUAGUGGGCGAUCUUUUGCAGAACGUGCAGCCCUCACCUUUCAGGAGUUGCUAGUUCCCCUAAGCCUCAGAUUCCUUUACUGAACCCAAACGAGUUUCUGGUUAGUUAUGCAGGCCUAUGGGGCGAAGGAGGCUCCCACGGCUCCAGCGAACCUGAGGGUUCUGAUGGCGUGUGUACUCGGUAGUUUACGGCAGUGGGCGGGACCCAAAUCCCCAUGUGGUCUCGACAUCAUUGACAUGGCGGAAUCCCCCAUCAAACCCUCCUGGUAGUUAUUUGAGCGGCGGCGGCGGCUGGAGGAGGAGGAGGAGAGCGGCGGCGGCAGCGGCGGCGGCGGCGGCGGAGGGAGCAGCGAAGGGGGCAGCGGAGAUCCUCGGGGCUGCCGGCUGGGAAGGCGUGGGCGACCCGGUGUGUGGCGCGCCCGGAGCCCUGCUCUUCAAGCCCGAGGGAAGGGAGCCAGUUGAGGGAAGUUCUCCAUGAAUGUACGUCACAAUGAUGAUGACCGACCAAAUCCCUCUGGAGUUGCCACCAUUGCUGAACGGAGAGGUAGCCAUGAUGCCUCACUUGGUGAAUGGAGACGCAGCUCAACAGGUUAUUCUCGUUCAAGUUAAUCCAGGUGAGACUUUUACAAUAAGAGCGGAGGAUGGAACCCUUCAGUGCAUUCAAGGACCUGCUGAAGUUCCCAUGAUGUCACCCAAUGGAUCUAUUCCUCCCAUCCACGUGCCUCCAGGUUAUAUCUCACAGGUGAUUGAAGAUAAUACUGGAGUCCGCCGUGUGGUGGUCACACCCCAGUCUCCUGAGUGUUACCCCCCAAGCUACCCCUCAGCCAUGUCUCCAACCCAUCACCUACCCCCGUACUUGACUCACCACCCGCAUUUUAUUCAUAACUCACACACGGCUUACUACCCACCUGUUACUGGACCUGGAGACAUGCCGCCUCAGUUCUUCCCUCAGCACCAUCUUCCCCCUACAUUAUACAGUGAGCAAGAAAUUAUACCACUCUACGGAAUGUCAAGCUACAUCACCCGAGAAGACCAGUACAGCAAGCCUCCACACAAAAAACUGAAAGACCGCCAGAUUGACCGCCAGAAUCGCCUCAAUAGCCCUCCCUCUUCUAUCUACAAAAGCAACUGCACAACCGUGUACAAUGGUUACGGGAAAGGCCACAGCGGAGGCGGCAGCGGCGGCGGGGGAGGCGGCAGCGGCGGCGGGCCGGGAAUUAAGAAAACCGAGCGGCGAGCACGGAGCAGUCCAAAGGCGAAUGAUUCAGAAUUGCAAGAGUAUGAAUUGGAAAUAAAGAGGGUGCAAGACAUUCUUUCGGGAAUAGAGAAACCACAGGUUUCCAACAUUCAGGCAAGAGCAGUUGUGUUGUCCUGGACGCCCCCUGUUGGACUUUCCUGUGGACCCCACAGCGGUCUUUCCUUCCCCUACAGUUAUGAGGUUGCCUUAUCAGACAAAGGACGAGAUGGAAAAUACAAGAUAAUUUACAGUGGAGAAGAAUUAGAAUGUAACGUGAAGGAUCUUAGACCGGCAACCGAUUAUCAUGUGAGGGUAUAUGCUAUGUACAAUUCCGUCAAGGGAUCCUGCUCUGAGCCCGUUAGCUUCACCACCCAUAGCUGCGCACCCGAGUGCCCCUUCCCACCUAAGCUGGCACACAGGAGCAAAAGUUCACUAACCUUGCAAUGGAAGGCACCAAUUGACAACGGUUCAAAAAUCACCAACUACCUUUUAGAAUGGGAUGAGGGAAAAAGAAACAGUGGUUUCAGACAGUGCUUCUUUGGGAGCCAGAAGCAUUGCAAGCUGACAAAGCUGUGUCCAGCAGUGGGGUACACGUUCAGGCUGGCUGCCCGGAACGACAUCGGCACCAGCGGUUAUAGCCAAGAGGUGGUAUACUACACAUCAGGCAACAUCCCUCAAAUGCCCUCUGCCCCAAGACUCGUGCGCGCUGGGGUCACGUGGGUCACGUUGCAGUGGAAUAAACCAGAAGGCUGUUUGCCCGAGGAAGUGGUCACCUACACCUUGGAAAUCCAGGAGGAUGAAAAUGAUAACCUUUUCCACCCAAAAUACACUGGAGAGGAUUUAACCUGUACUGUGAAAAAUCUCAAAAGAAGCACACAGUAUAAAUUCAGGCUGACUGCUUCUAAUAUGGAAGGGAAAAGUUGUCCGAGUGAAGUUUUGGUGUGUACAACAAGUCCGGACAGGCCUGGACCUCCCACAAGACCCCUCAUUAAAGGACCAGUUACGUCUCAUGGCUUUAGUGUCAAAUGGGAUCCUCCAAAGGACAAUGGUGGUUCAGAAAUACUCAAAUACUUGCUGGAGAUUACUGAUGGAAAUUCUGAAGCUAGUCAGUGGGAAGUGGCAUACAGUGGAUCUGCUACAGAAUACAUAUUCACCCACUUGAAACCAGGCACUUUGUACAAACUCCGAGCAUGCUGCAUCAGUACUGGUGGACACAGUCAGUGUUCUGAGAGUCUCCCUGUUCGCACACUAAGCAUUGCACCAGGUCAGUGUCGGCCACCGAGGGUUUUGGGUAGACCAAAGCACAAAGAAGUCCACUUAGAGUGGGAUGUCCCUGCCUCAGAAAGUGGCUGUGAGGUCUCGGAGUACAGCGUGGAGAUGACAGAACCCGAGGACGUAGCCUCAGAGGUGUACCAUGGGCCAGAGCUACAGUGCACCGUGGGCAGCCUGCUUCCCGGAACCGUGUACCGUUUCAGAGUGAGGGCCCUGAACGACGGAGGGUACGGCCCCUACUCUGAUGUCUCAGAAAUUACCACUGCUGCAGGACCUCCUGGACCAUGCAAAGCACCUUGCAUUUCUUUUACACCUGAUGGAUGUGUCCUAGUGAGCUGGGAGAGUCCUGAAAGCUCCGGUGCAGACAUCUCAGAAUACAGGUUGGAAUGGGGAGAAGAUGAAGAGUCCUUAGAACUCAUUUAUCAUGGGACCGACACGGGCUUUGAAAUAAGGGCCCUGUUGCCUGCUGCCCAGUAUUGCUGUAGACUCCAGGCCGUCAAUCAAGCUGGAGCAGGACCGUACAGUGACCUUGUGCUUUGCCAGACGCCAGCAUCUGCCCCUGACCCCGUCUCCACUCUUUGUGUCCUGGAGGAGGAGACCCUCAGUGCCCACCCUGGUUCACCUUCUGUGUGCCUUGUAUUGAACUGGGAAGAGCCGUGCAAUAAUGGAUCUCAAAUCCUGGCUUACAAUAUUGAUCUUGGAGACACUAGCAUCACCGUGGGCAAUACCACCACCCACGUUCUGAAUGAUCUCCUUCCAGAAACCACCUACCGGAUCAGAAUUCAGGCCAUAAAUGAAAUUGGAGCUGGACCGUUUAGUCAGUUCAUUAAAGCAAAAACUCGGCCAUUGCCACCCUUGCCUCCUAGGCUUGAAUGCGCUGCAGCCGGGCCUCAGAGCCUGAAGCUGAAAUGGGGAGACAGUAGCGCCAAGACACAUGCUGCUGAUGACAUGGUGUACAUGCUACAGCUGGAGGACAGAAACAAGAGGUUUAUCUCCAUCUACAGAGGACCCAGCCACACCUACAAGGUCCAGAGGCUGACCGAAUUCACGUGUUACUCUUUCCGAAUCCAGGCAGCAAGCGAGGCUGGGGAAGGGCCCUUCUCAGAAACCUAUACCUUCAGCACAACCAAGAGUGUCCCCCCCACUAUCAAAGCACCCCGAGUAACACAGUUGGAAGGAAAUUCAUGUGAAAUUUUAUGGGAGACGGUACCACCAAUGAAAGGCGACCCUGUCAACUACAUUCUGCAGGUAUUGGUUGGAAGAGAAUCUGAGUACAAACAGGUGUACAAGGGAGAAGAAGCCACAUUCCAAAUCUCAGGCCUCCAGACCAACACAGACUACAGGUUCCGCGUGUGUGCAUGUCGGCGCUGUUUAGACACCUCUCAGGAGCUAUGCGGAGCUUUCAGCCCCUCUGCAGCUUUUGUGUUACAACGAAGUGAGGUCAUGCUUACAGGGGACAUGGGGAGCUUAGAUGAUCCCAAAAUGAAGAGCAUGAUGCCUACUGAUGAACAGUUUGCGGCCCUCAUUGUGGUUGGCUUUGCAACUUUGUCCAUUUUAUUUGCCUUUAUACUACAGUACUUCUUAAUGAAGUAAACAAACCCAACAAAACUAGAGGUAUGAAUUUAAUUAAUGCUACACAUUUUAAUACACACAUUUAUUCAGAUAAUCCCCUUUUUAAGCCCUUUUGUUAUUUGAUUUAUAUACUUUGUUUUACAGAUUUAGCUAGGAAAGAAAUAUCAGUGUUUUGGUGCACCUUUUUGAAAUGCAAAACUAGGAAGAGAUUAAACUGGAUUUUUUUUAAAAAAAGAAGAAGAAGAAGAAAAGCAAACCAGAUACCAAAAUGUAGUUUUCUUAUGUUUUUUUUUUUUUUUUUUACAUUUUCAGAUUUGCCUUUAUUCUGUUUUCAUUGAUGUCUUUUGCAAACCUUUGAGGGUGUUUUUCCAUGCUACACUUUAGUAAUUUAUAUUCACCAGUCACUUCUUACGUCUUGACCAUCUAUACCUGUGAACAUGAAUCACAGUGUGUGUGGUUACAGGGCGAGGAUCUCAGUGCUGUGCAGAGGACCACCAAAUGACGACGACAGCAUCCAGAAGAUGCAUUCACUCAGAUAAGGCUGCCCUAAACAACCAUACUGUCACUCAGUUAGGUAACUGUGUUUAGCUCCUUUAAAUCAACAUGUGUACUUUAAUCUAAACUGUUUUAAUAAUCUGUAUUUCUUAUGAUUUUAACACUAUGAGCUGCCUGUCUAAGAAAUCAAGUAACCAAAAUGCACCUAUAAAUGACGGAGCAUUGUAGAUUUUACCACGUCGAUUCAUAGCAGUAACUUUAAGAGGGCAUUGUGCAAUAGUUAGUUGUUUCCUUGUUCAGCUGUUUUAAAAGCUGCUUUAACUUGUUUGUUUGUCUUUGUAAAUAACUACUUCUAAUCUAAUCACUAGAGUUAUUAUAUUCUGUUAUGUUUGACCAGAAUUAUAUGACGAGAACUGGUGACAGUUUAGUGCCUCUGCCCAUUGUCCAUAAUUUACACUAAUUGUGAGCAAUCUUCUUAUACGUCAGCUCAUUAUUUUUGAAAGAUUUGCCUUUAGGCUGUUCUUUGAGGUAUCCAUGAAGUGAUUGAAUUUCAAUACCUUAAUUCAGUGCACAUAAUAGUAAUCUAACAGCAGAUGAAAAUUGAUAAAACCCAAAAGAGCAACAUCUAAAUUUGUAGUUCCUAUUUUUGUGGGGUUGCCUUGGCCGUGUGUGGAGAGGGGGUGGUAUUCGGUGGGAAGCACAGGGUGUUUGGGGGGGGGGUCAAGGAGCGUAGAUUCUUUCCCUGGAUCUGUCACUAACUUGCUGCGUGACCUGGACACGUCACUUUACCUCUCUGUGCCUCAGUUUUCCCAUGCAUUAAAAAUAAAUAAAAUGGGGAUGCUAAUGUUCGUAAGUGCUUUGAGACCCUUGAUUAACAGGUGCUAUUGGAGUGUAAAGUGUUACUCCAGCAUGUUUAUUUUGAGUAAUAUGAGAUAAUCAAUUUUAACCCAAAGUCAUUGGAUUAUUUAUAUGAAGUCCAUAAUGUUCGCGUACCUCAGGGACAUUUAAGAGUUGGAGGUGCAAAUAUAUUCCAAAAGGGUGCAACAGACACAGUGUAUCCCCCUGCUUCUGUUUUUGUAUAUUUUUGCUACUUGGUUUUUCUUGAUCAUAGCUAUUUUGUGCUUGGUCUGUGUUGUCUUAAGAUGCAGUAUCCUGUACUAGCUUAUAAUAUUCCCAUACCAAAGUCAUGGGGAAACCAACAUUAUUUUGUUUUUGGUUUAUUUAUACUAUAUUCUGCAUACAGUACUUUAAAUGCCAAUUACAGUGCAAUCUUUAUUUAUUGUAAAAUUUUUUAAAUGUACUUAUGUACUAAUUUUCCUUGUAGCAUGUUAUUUUUUUUGUGUGUUUUAUACUUUUGUAAUUUUAGGUCAGUCUUGUUCCUUGGCAACAUCUGUAGUAUUAUCAAUCUUUUGACAUUUUCUUGUGUUUUUAAAGAUAAGAGCAUCUAGUGCAUUAAAUGCCAAAAAAAAAAAAAUCCAUUAUCAGUGAUUGCAACGUUUACAUGUACCCAAAAAAACAAAAACAACAAAAAAAAACAUAAUCAUCUCUUAAAGAAAGUGCUAAGAUCAAUGAAUCAUUCUGUGUGCCUAUAUUGAUGUAGUAAAUACUAGAGAGUUCUGUAUUUUGUUAUUGACUAUAAUAAUUAGUUCAAUUAGUCUUGCAAACUGAUGGCAUCAAGGUAAAUAUAUUUUUGCCAAAGUUCUGGCCUCCCAAAACUUACCCUUCUAUUUAAAUGUGUAUUAGGACCCACUAUGACGUUGCAUCUGCAUUUUCUGAUACAAUUGCCUGCAGGUGUUUUGGGGAGGAGGCAUUUUGUUAAGCAAUGAGGAUUCAACUGAGUCUAAGAACCCUGUCUGUAGAAAAAAGGAAGUCCCUUUCUGGAAACACUUUAGAACUGCUGCUAUAAAGAAAUUCUCUGAAUUGGCUGAGGUUUUUUAAAUGAAAUAAUAGUUUAGGCCAAAAUUGCUAUGCAUAUUUGAGUCUUUUUGAGGUUUUCGUACUGCCAUAUUUAACCACCAGGAAGCUGAAGUGUGCAAAGCACUAGCUGAUGGCACUUUAUUUUAUUGCUCUCCUUUAUUUGGUAUUCAUUAUAAUCCCGUCAGUCAAAUUAUUACUCUAUCUGGCACUGUUUUCUAUCACAAAUAUGUAUAUGUGUUAUUGAUAUAUAACUAUAUAUAUUGCCAUUACACGUGAACAAUAAAAUAAAGUGUUAUGCUAACUGUAUCUCUUUGCCCCGUUGCGGUAUGUAGGAAGGAGUGAGUGGCUUUGUGAGGCUCUGUAUGUCAGAUUCAUCCCCUAGCACAAGGAAGUCCAGUCAUGUGAAACAAACUGCCCUUUGUCCUCAGAUAAAUUUAAAAAGGAAACUUUUUUAAAAGAUUUUUUUUCAUAUUAUCUGCCUUGUUCUUAUCAACUUGAAAUGUUGGCAUUUUCUAACUGUGUUUUGUUGGCUGCAGUAAUUCAGUAUUCCUGUCAAAUUGAAAAGUGCCCUAAUUGAAUGUGUUUGAAUGUUAUCCUUGCACAAUUCUUUAAAUUGAAAGACAAAAUGUUUUACCUCACUGUUGGACAUACAUUCCAAGCUUUUCAACUUUAGGAGAAAAAAAAUAAAAUAAUCAUGUUUUCCUGUAUUGUAAAUUUUAGACUAUUUCAUAUACAUUGUAUUAAAACUGCCAUAUCAAUUUUAAUGUAUAGAUUUUGCAAAUACUAUGCUAUAUGUAAUACCUAACUGUAUCUGUAGUGUAUAUGUAAUAUAUUUAUGCCCAAUAAAUGUUUUAAUUCUUUCUGACUUAA